CUAAUCGAGGUCAAAAGACGAGAAUAACAUAAGCAAAAGAGAAGAGAGUCUCAGUCCUCUUCAAACUUUGGAAUAAGCACAAUUGCAACAACAAUUCAAGUAUUGAAAACGUCAAGAUGUGGUGGACUUUAGGACCUGAGGAAGAUGAAAAGGAUACCGAACCUAUUUCCCCUCCUCUAAAUCGAGAUGGAGGAGUUGAUCGUGGAAGAGGAUCUGGUCGUGGGAAGGGAAAAGGUAGUGGUCGUUCCCUGUCUACCGGACGAGGCCGCGGAUCGAGCGCUGGACGUUCUGGUUCUCAGUCGAGACCUAGACGUCCACCCAAGCUUUCUGACAUCCCCCCCCAAGCAGAAGGAAGCAGAKCAUCUGGAAGCGGAGAAGAAGAACCCGAAACCUUCUUCACUGCGCUAGGACGAACCGUCAACGAGUACCUCGGUAUGGACGAUGACGAUGACACGACAAGAAACUCGAUCGGGAGUGUCAAGUACACGAAGGCCGGCGUGAAGGCUCUAAACAACGCCAGCGAAGCUGAGCGUAGAGCUGACGAGAUGGCAGAUGCGAUGGCUUGGAUGAAAACUGCAGAGGCAUCAGCCACAGCUGCAGCGGAAACGAGUGCCGAGAUGGGCACUGCCAACUGGUGGGAUAAGGAAGAUCAACCCUCUUCUGUUGGGAUUGGAGACGAUGUCAGCAUGGUAAGCAACUUGACCGACUUCAAGAAGGGCAGUAAGGCACCCGACUUGAUGUCAAUGCUCAAACAGAAGCAAGAUGAAAGUGCCGAAGAGAGAAAGCGACAAGAGGAAUCAAAGACCAAGAAUUUCAAUAGAACCAUGCUUCAAUCAUCUACUUGGAAUGCGCAGCAACGAGCCCAAAAAAUGGGUGAUGCUGUUGCUUUGUGGAAGGAUGCAUUUGAAGAAGAUACUUCCAAGACUUCGUUUGAAGUUCUGAUGGAACCACUGGAAGAGAUGAAAUGCGUUACUGAUUGGUGGGGGGCUAACAAGGACUACAUUCCCAUUACGGAUGAGUCGUUUGACCAGACAAAGAUGAAGGCCAUCAAUGUUCGAAAUGCUUUGGGUCAAGUUUUCCCUACCGAGCUUAAAGCAGAGAAAAAAGCGAGAAAGCUUAGAGAGGCUGUUGAUUGGUGGAAAACUCAAAAUACUGUCUACACAGAGGACCUGAAGGAAUUUGAGUAUAACCAGUCCACCUUCCAGAAGAUCAAUGCUCUUUUUGGUCAAUGGGAAUUGAAAGACUUGCCGAAACAAAGCUGGGAGAAAUUCGAUGCUCGCGAUGACCAUGAAGAAGCAGAUCGUCGUGCUAGAGAUAUACAAGCGUGUUUGGAUUUAGUCUUGAACGGCUAUUUCGAUCCGAAUGAUCCCCAUUUCAAUUGUUCAGCCGUUAACCAUGUAAAGGACCUGCUUGUGGACUGGAAAUUUUCCCAAGACAACUCUGCAUCGGUUAUGGAAGAAGCCUUACGGUGGUGGCGACUCAACUCAAACUCUUUCGAUCCUUUUACGGCUAAUGAUGAAGACGACGCGAUGUUUCGAAGCACUAAAGAGUUGCUAGCCAUAUUUGGACUUCGAGAGAAAGAUGAUUUUGAUUCGCGGAAUAAGGAAAUGAAGGCAGCAUUGAAACUUUGGKCCAAACAUAAGGACACACCAUUCGAUGAACUUGAGCCCUCUACAGUGGAGAAAAUGAAGAAGGUCAAGCAUGCACUCUUGCAAUUACAUCGUCGUUCCCUUGAGGCGGAUGAAAUCAUAGGUUUGGCGCAUGAAAUCAAUAAUAUUGUUUCUUGGUAUUUGUCCGAUGGAAAUCAAAUAGARAAUUUGGAUGAAAUUUCCAGUAGUGAUUACGAAAAGUUUAAAAAAGCUCAAGGACUCCUGACCUUGUGGGGAAUCAAAGUUGAUCCAUCUCCUCAGCAACUCAAGCAGAUUGCAGAUUCUCUCAUCUAUUUUCGUCGUAACAACUACAAACCUGAAAUUUUCGACAAAUUCGAAGGUGACAAACGUGACAAGUUGAAAAAGCUUGAACGGGCCAUCCUCGACUGGCGAGCGAUUGCAGCCGAAUCUACCAAGAUGUAUUCACCUGGGGAAAUGGAAAAUAUCGCUGAAGAGAUAGAAGGUGCUCUUGAAUGGUUGCGUGCCAAAUUCAAGGAGAAUGAUUUUCCUGAAUUUACUAGCCCUGAAGAUGUAUAUUUGGCCGAAAAGGUGAAAAUCCUGAUGGAUCAGUGGGAUCCACGUGAUCCUGAAAGUACCGUGACGUCAAAAAGAACUAAAGAAACGGCAAAAAAGAUAAAAAAUGCAAUUGAAUCAUGGCGAGGGCAUGGGAAGAUUUUUGAUGAUGAAUCAUUUAGCAUUCAUUCUCCGGAUCGUGAAAUCCUUCUGAAACUCCGAAAGUCGAUGCUUGAAUGGCGACGAAUGAAUGUGAGCAAAAUGUCAGAAGUUGAAGCUGAACACACCGUCAAAGAAAUCAUCAGUGCCAUGAACUGGUGGAAGAACUACGGCAAGGACUACGUGAUCACUCAAAGCAGUCUAAGUAUGGCUCCUUUAAUGAUGCGCCAUAAAAUGGUCACUGAUAUACUAUCACACUGGUAUCGUGACCAAGGUAUGUCGAGAAAGCAGCCUCAAAAUCUCAGCCUGAAAGAAGCCAAAAAAGCCGCUAAAGAUUUGCAACAAAACAUUGAGUGGUGGGAUCGCGAAGGAAAACAUAUGAACGUAGAUAAAGAUAUCAAAGAUGCAAAAGAGUUCGAAAAAGUCAAAAGGUUAGCGCACAUUUGGCAGAAGGUCACCAUGCCACCGAAGCACAAAGAUCAAGCUGUGAAAGAAAUUUCUGAUCUCUUUCGCUGGAUGAGGAAGAAAAAUAAGAAUUUCGACUUAGAUGCUGUCAGGAAUAAAAAAGUCGAACACAUCCGUGAUAUUUUUAGUGUAUGGGGAGGAAAGAAAAGCCGCAAUGCGAAGGUUGUUGCACGAGAAAUAGAAGAGGCACUGGACUGGUGGAAGCGUAAUAACUACGAGUUGGACGAAGAUGCAAGCUCUGCUGAAGAGGAAAAGAUGAUGAGACUCGAGACUCUUGCUCAACGAUGGCAUGACAUUGCACACCCUGACAACAUUCCCGGCACAGAUACCAAUCUUGAUUGGUUCCGGAAGCAGCGGGUUGACGAAAUUAAGGGGACCCUAAAUGUUUACGAGACAGCCGAGGAGAAAUCCACUGGAGCACCCAAGUUCGUUGGAGUCAUAUCAGAUGAGCAGAGAAGAGCCAAUGAAAUGGCCAAUGCACUGGAUUGGCUUCGAUCCAACGAUGCGGAUCUCGAUAUAGACGACAACGUGUCUGUUGCGUUGUCGGUAGCAACUUUCAAGAAAAUUGACUCUCUGAUGCCUAAGAGCGACGAUUCUGUCGGAAUCACUUCUAUGAAAAAUGCUCUUGAUUGGUUGCGUUCGAAGACUGAUGUAGACGAAGAAACGGUUAAAAGCUUUAAACUCAUCGAUGACGUAAUGGCUAAGUCUGGAGUGAAAGAUUCUAUCGAAGAAUCAGGCUUCGGAGGAGCACUAGAAUGGCUGAAAAAGCGACAGUCUGUGAAGGAAGUUAUCUCUGAUAAUGAAAGUGUGCCUAGUUACAAAAAGCCUGACGCCUUAGCAGGGAAGCCAAGGACGGACGAAGAGAAAAGGGCAGCUGAAAUGGCCAAUCAACUCGACUGGUUGCGUUCUAAUAACGUUGCAGAUGACAUUGAAGAUGACAUCUCGUUGGGUAUUGGUUCUCUUGGUUCGUUUAAGAAUAUUGAUGCAAGAUCCACUGCAUCUGCUGGGGAGGCGCUCCCAAGUGCUUUGGAUUGGCUUCGUAGUCAAGAAAAAAAGGGUGCCUCUCGAGUUGAGGAAGAGGGUGACGGGAUUUCAUUUUCUGGUAUCAAGACGAAGAGCAAAGAACAGAAAAAAUCUGAAAAAAUGGCGAAUGCUUUGGACUGGUUGCACCAAGGUACCACGAAAGAUCAUGAUGACAAAAAUGAAUCAACAUCCGUCGGAAUAGACUCGCUGGCUUCAUUAACCGCGGAUGGAGCCCAUGACAAAACAAUAGAUCAAGCUCUGAAUUGGUUACGUCAGGGACACGCUGAGUCGCCUCAGAACGUCGACCAUGAGAAAAAUGCUUCUGGCUUUCUUCAACCUAGGAAAGAGGACCAGGAAAAAUUAGAUAAAAUGAACAAUGCCAUCAAGUCUUUGCGCUCUAAUGGUGUGGAUUUUGAAGAAGACUCACCUGACUUGACUGAUCAUGUAAAUUCGUUUAGUUCGAUUGAUGCUGACCGGACCUCUGGCGGGAAUUUCAAGGACGGUUCGACGAGCUUAAUUGAUUUGCUCCAAAAGAAAGAUCCCCACAAUGUUGACGAACCMCUUUCAAAAAAAUUUGGAGAUUUUCGAAAGACAAAAGAAGAAAAUCAGGCAGAUAAUAUGGCGAAGGCACUCGGGUGGCUCCGUAAUAAUGAAGGUAUAUCAGAUGAUGAUAAAUCUGAAUUUGGAACUGACGAAUUUGAGCUUGGUAAUAUUGCGGUUAAGUCUGACGCAGAGCGAGUUCGUGAAAGGCAAGAUGCGUUGGAUUGGUUGUCAAAGUCAGGAGGGAGUGUCGAUGACGAUGACGUUGACGAUGACAGCAAAAAGUUUCGUAAACUUGCUAAGCUUAUUCCGAACAUCGAAGGAAAAUCUAUGGAAGCAAAAGCGACAGAAAUGGAAGAUGCGCUACACUGGCUCCGCUCGAAGGGUGUUGAUCUUGACGACGAUACUACAAAAAUCGAAUCAUUUGACAAACUUGGUGUUGUUCCGUUGGGCUUGAGAUCUAUGUACGAAAAAGAACGUGACUUGAAAAAUGCUCUUCGCUGGAUUCGCAAAUCCAAAGAUAAAAAGCAAGCAGAUAAUGCUUUCUCGAAGCUAGACAAAUUGUUCCGGAAACGGGAAGGGCAGAGUGACAAAGAUAGAGCGACAGACUUGGUGAAUGCUGUCGCUUGGCUGCGUGGGAAUGGCGUUCGCUUUGACUAUGAUAAUGAAGGCAUUCCGUCAUUUGAGAUAGCCAAAGCUGAUUCUAAUGUUGACAACUCUCCUGUCGAUAGAGAGAAAGAUGUAGAAAAAGCUCUCAACUGGUUACGGAAAGGGCAAAUGAAAGAUUCUGACACCUCAGAUCUUUUCUGCAAAAUUGAAUCAUUUUUACCUCGGUUCCAAGCUGGUGAAUCUGAACUUUCUCGUGCACAAGAGAUUGAAAACGCCAUGAAUUGGUUGAGGACGAAUGGUGUUACAAUCGGCAAUCCUGAUAAUGAAUCAGUUCCCUACUUGAAUGAAGUUGAAUCUACGGCUUCAUCGAAAAUCCAUCGUUCCAUUGAAUCACCUUUGUCUACAGAUGUAAGAGGAAUUUUGAAUUUGCUUCGUGAUGGUUCCGAGGAGAGCUCCUUGGAUCCAUUCGGUAUGAUUCAAGAGCUCCAAGCAUCUCUUUCCAUCAAGAAAGAUCAAUCUCUUGAAGAAAGAUCACUGGAUAUUGCCAACACAUCGAUUCGAAUUGGCCAUGGAGGAUCCACUCUCUAUGAUCGAAGAGAUAGUGAAGAGUUGUCGACACCACCUGCCCCCUUCUCCGUAUUUUAUCGUUCACCUGAACAGCGUUCCAAAGAUUUGUCUGACGCUACGAAUUGGCUUCGUGAGAAGAAUUCAGAUAAUUAUUUGGACCCCACUGGAGAUUUCUUCAAGCUUGACAGUAUUCUACCAAGGAAACGCGAUCAGUCUUUCGAGGAUCGAGCGAAGGUCAUCGAGGAAGGCUUGGAUUGGAUUAGAGGGCAAGGAAUGGUAAAGGAUGACGCCAACGAUGAGCUAACAGGCUUUCAGGAAUUAUCUUCGCUUGGAAUUUCUAAAAGCAGCCCUGAGAAAAGGCUCGAGGACCUCGAGAAUGCCAUUAUCUGGAUAAGGAAUGGAAAAGYAAAGCCUGGAAAGAAUGAUCCAUCAAGAGAUUUUUAUAAGUUAGACAAACUAUUGCCCAAGAAGCGUGGUCAGACUUCGGAGGAAAGAGGGCGUGCGAUUGAAAGUACUUUAGACUUCUUGCGUUCGCAUAAUGCAUCGCCGGACGAUGACGACGUCAUUGACAAGUAUAGUGUCAUUGGCUCAAUUCCAGUCUCACCUCGAACGCCCGAGCAGAGAUACAAAGACUUGAACGAUAUCUUAAACUGGAUUCGUCACCAAGGAGAGAACGACGGAAUCUACGACCCUAAUGGUUAUUUUCAGAAGCUUGAUGACGUCUUACCUCAGAAACGUGGCCAAAAGGUUAAAGAUCGUUCCCGGCAAAUUGAGAAGUUUCUUGAUUGGGUGAAAGGAUCUGAAAUUUCUUCGGAUGAAAUAGAGACGCCUUUACUCGACGAAAUUAAAGCAGUGCGUCAUAUAUACAGAAGUCCGGAACAAAGAAUUGAAGACAUUGAGAAAGUAAUGAACUGGAUUACUCGCAGAGGAAAGAAAGACAAAAUAUACGAUCCAAGUGGCGAUUUUAGAAAGUUAGAUAAGCUUUUGCCAAAGAAGAAAAAUCAGCCGCUGAAUGAUAGAGCACGUGCUAUCGAAGGCGCUCUAGACUAUAUCCGUAAUACCGGUAUUUCUUUGAAAGACGAUGGCAUUGUUGAGAAGCUCUCAAAGGUAGGAGUGAUCCCAAUUUCAAAACGCACACCGGAACAAAGAGUUCAGGACGAACACGAUGUCCUAGAGUGGCUCCGUAACAAGGGGAAGAAUAAUAAUUUUUUGGAUCCAACUGGAGACUAUCAGAAAAUCAACUCUUUCCUUCCAAAAACGUCAGGACAGAGCCGCGAAGAUCGCGCCAAGGAAAUUGAAAUGGCGCUUGACUGGAUUSAACACAAAGCUUUCGGAGGUACUGAUUAUCUUUUGAAUUCUUUUGAUCAAAAAACUAUCGAUUCCGAUGAAGGUGAUAAYGAAACAAAGUCAAAAACCUAUGUUGAAAUUUUAAAUUGGCUGAAAAAUGCAGAAAAAGAAAAUAAAACAUACGACCCAACUGGAGACUUCAAAAAAAUAGAUAAAAUGAUACCAAAAAARCGAGGGCAGUCAUUCGAAGAUCGUGCCCAUGAAAUAGAGGAAGCACUCGAAUGGAUGCGACAAAAAGAAGACAACAACAAAUCAAAGGGAAAAAGAAAUGAAAAAGAURGUGUCAGAACAAUUCAACUCACUGUCAGAAAAUCACCAGAAGAUCGUUUGAAGGAUGUUGAUGACAUUCUGAACUGGAUCCGCUCUGGCAAGCCGGAGGAUGUUGAUGGUUUGGAUGCCGAUGAGUUCAAGGCGAUCGACGAAUGCCUUCCUGUGAAGAGGGGCCAACCGCCAGAAGGCAGAGCUCGUGAUGUUGAAAACGCUUUGGAUUACUGCAGGAGUGUAGGAAUGAAGCCAGGCGACAUUGACGCAUCUGCCCCUCCA